AUGCUAGCCCACAGUUGGGCUGAGGACUCGGGUGUUGACCCUUCCGGCUACUGGAUGGCAGAGAAAUUGGAUGGUGUACGUGCAUAUUUCGACGGCACCCAUUUCUACUCGCGUGCAGGCAACAGGUUCUUUGCACCCCCAUUCUUUAGCCAGCACCUGCCUAAGGACCAACCUCUAGAUGGAGAACUCUGGCUCGGCCGUGCUCGUUUUCAGCAAUGUGUCUCCAUUGUCAAAAACCAGAAGGCUGACCGUGCAGAUGAAUGGAAGGAGAUGACUUACUUGGUUUUUGAUGCUCCCAAGCUGGAUAUGGUGUACGAAAAACGCCUGGAGUACCUUCGCUCCAUCAUGCCCACCUAUGGCAAAGAUAGGAUGGACACUUCAUCUUCAUCAGGCUCCAAUAGCAAUAAUAACAAAGUUCCACCCUAUUGUCGAUUGGUCCCCGUACAGAAAUGCCUUUCCAAGGCUCAUUUGAUGCGAGAGCUGAGCCAUGUUCAAAACCAUGGGGGAGAAGGCAUCAUGCUUCGUGCUCCACGAUCGCGUUACGAGUUCAAGAGGUCGAAGACACUUCUCAAGGUCAAGACAUUUUUCGAUGAAGAGGCUAUUGUAGUGGCUCAGGUCAAGGGUUCAGGCAAAAAUUCUCAUAGAAUGGGCCAUCUUCAAGUCAAGACACCCGAUGGUCGCUGCUUCUCCGUCGGCUCGGGAUUUACGGACGCUCAACGAGAGCGGCCUCCUAAAGUUGGCGCCAUUAUUACCUACAAAUUCCAAGAAUUGAGCAACAAACUCAUCCCUCGUUUUCCAACCUUUUUGGGCGAACGAAUCGAUAUU